UGAUCCGUCUCAGGAUGCGAGAGGAGAGCGGAGGAGAGGGGAAGAGAGAGGGGAAAGCGCCGAUGGAAAAGUGUCCAGGGCUCGGUUAACAGGAAAACAGGAUACCGGCCCGCUUCAAUUCAUCCUGGGACACUCGGCGAUGAGGGAUUCACCGAAAGGGGCACUUUGAGAUAUGAUGAGGUUUAUUUCUGGUCGGCAAUAGUACUAUGAUUUGGUAUGUGGCCACUUUGAUAGCAAGUGUAUUCAGCACCCGAGGAACGGCCGCUCAAGGUGCCCACGGAGUGCGAGAGGAGCCCCAGUUUGUGACGGCACGUGCAGGAGAGAGCGUCAUCCUGGGAUGCGACGUGUCCCACCCCCUGAACGGCCAGCCCUAUGUGGUGGAGUGGUUCAAGUAUGGAAUGCCCAUUCCCUUCUUUAUCAACUUUCGCUUCUACCCUCCUCAUGUGGACCCGGAAUAUGCUGGCCGGGCAAGUCUGCACGGCAAGUCCUCCCUACGGAUAGAAAAUGUGCGUUCAGACGACCAGGGCUGGUAUGAGUGUAAGGUGCUGAUGCUGGAGCAGCAGUAUGACACCUUCCACAAUGGCAGCUGGGUGCAUCUAACUGUCAACGCCCCCCCCACAUUCACGGAUACGCCACCUCAGUAUGUAGAGGCCAAGGAGGGGGGUAGCAUCACUUUGACCUGCACGGCCUUCGGAAACCCCAAACCCUCGGUUAGCUGGCUUCGGGAAGGCAGCCUCAUGGUCAGCAGUGCCAAGUAUAAGGUGUCUGAUGGGAGUUUGACGGUGCUAUCCAUCACCCGGGAGGACCGUGGGGCCUACACGUGUCGAGCCUUCAGCCCCCAGGGAGAGGUCAUUCACACUACACGGCUGCUAGUGCAAGGCCCUCCUUUUAUCGUAACACCACCAGUGAACAUUACAGUAAACAUCUCGCAAGACGCCUUCUUCACCUGCCAGGCUGAGGCCUACCCUCGCAACCUGACCUACACCUGGUUCUGGGAGGAGGACAACGUCUUCUUCAAGAACGACCUAAAGCGCAGAGUCAGUAUUCUCAUCGACGGAUCUCUCAUCAUUGCCCAAGUCAAGCCAGAGGAUGCUGGGAAAUACACCUGUGCUCCUAGCAACAGCCUGGGCCGACCACCCACUGCCUCUGCCUACCUAACAGUGCAAUAUCCUGCCCGUGUGGUAAACAUGCCAUCUGUCAUCUACGUGGCCAUUGGUCUGCCCGGCUUCAUCCGCUGUCCUGUAGAUGCCAACCCCCCUGUAACUCUGGUUAAAUGGAAGAAAGAUGGCCUCCCUCUCCGGAUAGAUAGGUACCCUGGUUGGAGCCAAAUGGACGAUGGGAGCAUCCGUGUGGCAGAGGUGACAGAGGACUCUCUCGGCACCUAUACCUGCAUGCCUUACAAUGCCCUGGGUUCCAUGGGAUGGUCCCCUCCUGCUCCCCUGGUGCUAAAGGACCCUCCCAAAUUCUCAGUGGUUCCUGGAGGGGAGUACAGGCAGGAGGCUGGGAGAGAACUGGUCAUCCCCUGUGAGGCAGAGGGAGACCCCUUUCCCAACAUCACAUGGAGGAAGGUAGGGAAGCCAAGUAAAAGCAAGCACAAUGUUCUGCCCCGAGGCAGCUUACAGUUCAAGUCACUCACAAAGGAGGACCACGGGGAGUGGGAGUGUGUCGCCACCAACGUUGCCACGAGCAUCACUGCCAGCACGCACGUCCAAGUCAUAGGCACAAGCCCCCACGCUCCCACCAGCGUCCAUGUGGUGGCAUCCUCCACCUGGGCCAAUGUGUCCUGGGAGGCCAGCUAUGACGGAGGCUUCCAGCAGACAUUCUCAGUCUGGUAUGGCCAUGUGCUGAAGAGGGAGCAUUUAGGUCCCCAUGAUUGGCUUUCCAUACCCGUGCCUGGAGGCCAUGACUGGAUGGUGGUGCCCGGCUUGGAGCCACAGACAACAUACCAGUUCAGCAUCCUGGCCCAAAACAAGCUUGGCACAGGUCCUUUCAGCGAGGUUGUCACUGUGAACACACUAGUAUUUCCUAUAAGUACCCCUGAACCAUUGGUGCUGCUUACCCCACCACGGUGCCUCACAGCCAAUCGCACGCAGCAGGGAGUCCUGCUCACCUGGAUCCCGCCUGCCAAUCAUACAGCACCUAUCCAGCAUUAUGUCAUGGAGUUUCGCCUGGGGGAACGAUGGGAGAGUUUGGACGACAGCAUUCCUGCUGGGGAGACGGAGUUGCUCGCCCGGGACCUCAUUCAGGAGGCGUGGUAUGAGUUCCGUGUCAUGGCCGUCAUGGAUGACAUGAUCAGCGAGCCUAGUAACGUAGUAGGAGUGUCCAGCACAGACAUCUUCCCCCCUCCAGAGUUGGUGGAGGAACGUGGACUGGCACGGCCUGUGGUGGCUGGCAUUGUGGCCACAAUCUGUUUCCUGGCAGCAGCCGUCCUGUUCAGUACGAUGGCUGCCUGCUUUGUCAACAAGCAGCGCAGGAGGAAGCUUAAGAGGAAAAGAGACCCACCUCUUUCCAUAACCCACUGCAGAAAAAGCAUGGAAACUCCGAGUCCACUUAGCCUCAUUCCCAGCGUUGAACCCUACUGGGAGGGGCUGGACGCAAGCAGGUACAGGCCCCAACCUUCCAGUCCUCAGUCAUCUUCAGGAAAGGUGAGCCCAGAGAGUGUUCGUUCAAAGGCAUCCCCAUCAGAAUCAUCUGAAGAUAGUCAUGAUCAGCGGGGAAAGAAACCACCUCCAAGCCCAGGAAAGAGGGAGGAGUUGUCUUUAUACAAGAAGACCAAAAGAGCAAUAACAAGCAAGAAACACAGCAUCUCCAAGCAUGAAGCUGAAGCAACAACACCCAUUGAACUCAUCAGCCGAGGCCCAGAUGGACGAUUUGUCAUAGACCCCAAUGAUGCAGAAAUGUCUGUCAAGCCCCGGCGAAUUGAGGGCUUUCCCUUUGUGGAAGAAUCAGACCUCUAUCCUGAAUUCCGGCAGUCAGAUGAAGAGAAUGAUGAUCCCAGGCCUUUGCCACCUGUAAUGGCCCCCCUUCGCACUCACCAGAUUUCCCCCAUCUCCAGUCAGGAAUCCUACCUGCAACCUCCAGCCUACAGCCCUCGUUUCCAGAGGCCCUUCGAAGGUAUGACCAUCAUGGAGAGCAGUCGGCUCCAGGCCACAGGGCAGAUCCGGGGUUCUCUCCACCACAGGGCUUUCUAUGGCUAUCUAGGGCCCCCUGGGGAUCAUGAUCCCCCACCUCCUUUUUACAUGCCUGAUACUAGCCCACUCAGCUCUGUCAUGUCCUCCCCUCCAUACCUUGCUGAAGGUCCUUUUGGUCACCCCAUGAUUCCUGAAGAAAUGGGGGAGGGUGAUUUCCCACAAUAUGCUGUCCCUGGCUUCCCACUUCCUUUGACACUCACCUCUUCCUCUCAUUCUCCUGAGAUUUGGCAGGGACUGGAUUUCACCUUUGCAAGUCUGGAGGGGCCCCCCUUCAUUUUUCCACCGCAUCAUCCUUUGCACCUUCGCCACGACUCCCCCUAUCCCCCUCCACCUCAUGUACUUCCCCUGAGUGCUUUCCAGCCCUCCUCCCUUCCAAUGCCUACCUACCCAGCUGUCCUGCCACUGGAGGCCCCAAAGAGCCACUCAAGCAAGUCUCCCAGCAAGGCCAAGCCUCGUGGCUCCCCAGCCAAGCAUUUAGCUAUGCAAGAGGCACAUUUUGGGCAGCUAAGACACACAAGCCACGGUAUGGGUGUGCCGGUUUUGCCUUACACCGAUCCAAUGGCCCAUAUUGUCCCUAGCACAUUCAGUAGCCUGGACACACGAUGGUUUGAAACCACCCCUCGUUUCAGUCCCAGACAGGCUCGUAGGAUGGAUUCUGGCAUGCAUCAGGUGGUUCUCCAGCCCUCCCGACUCUCACCCCUCACCCAAAGCCCCCUUAGUUCUCAUGAGGGCUCCCCAGAGAUUGUAGUACGUCCCCGGCCACGUCCCAGCAUUGUCCAACCUCACAUACCCCCAGAGAUGUCUGAGAUUACCCUCCUCCCUCCUUCCACAGCCAGCUUCUCAAGGAGAUCUUCCCCCUCUUCCUCACCUGCCCAAGGCCAGGGUAGCAGGAGAGCAAGUCCAAGCUACCGUUCCCACAUGGCCUUUGCCACCUCUGCAACCAGCUACCCAGCUUCCCAGUCCCCAUCACCCCCCAUGGAAAGCAGCAACAUAUUUGGGCAGAUGCCAUCUCAGAGGAGGACUGAGGAGGAGAUCCUUCCAUCUGAGCCCUCUCCACCCCAGUUGUCAGCUUCAGGAAAACGUCGAGGUGCGCCGAGUGCCCUUUCGGGGUCUGAGAGGAUUGAUGCACUGAGAUACCAACGUAUUAAAAAGGCCAAGAAGAUGAUGAUGAACAACAAUAACUCCAAGACCAGAAAGAAAGCAGGUGUCUCCACCUCUCAGACCCAGCAGGCCUACACCUCUCAGGUACUCCAGCCCGAAGAAGCUCUCUACCUCCGCAAGAAGAAGAAACGGCCCAUCCUCCAUGACCCAUAUACUCGCUUUUCUGCUCUGCUGUACCGCCGCCCACCCCGUGAGGAUCAGAAGGCUAUUUUGGCCAGCAUGGACAGCAUAGACCUAGACCAUGCAACCCUCCUCUAAAUGCCCUUGAGGACAAGGUCACAACCAUGCAAUACACCCUCAUUCCAAAAUAACACAAGCUACAUACCAGAUGGGGAAAAAAAACAAAGAUGUUUGCAAUUUAAUGUCUAUAAAGGGGAAUAGCACUAAAUUUCAGCGUUCAGAUUUGAUACAUUCUGUAGCUACAUCCUUCAGUCAGUUCAAUCCGCAUUAGUAAGCAUUCUGCAAUGUUCAAUCUGUGGUGACCUCUAUGUACCUGGAAGAAUCAGAUCAAGAACCUACAUAAAGUACAGAUUAAUGAUUGUUUCUAAAUGCAGGUCCCAACUUAUAGUUAGUGAAGAAGCAACAUUGGUAUUUUGGAAUGACAUCACAGAUUGCCGUUCUAGUUCCAAGACAAGUUUUGAUUAUUUUUUUUACUAGUGAUUGGGAUGCCCAAAUGCACAUGGAUAAUCUGCGUAUGCUUAAAUCAAGUAGUAUUCCCUUUAAAAAUGUGUUUAGACCUUCAGUGGUUCAAAUUAAAACAAUAGCUGCCACAAUUUUCCAAAGUUUUACUCCAGUGCAAAAAGAUGAAUUCAAAAAGAGGCAAUACAUGAUUACCAGCUUCAAUUUAUCCCAAUUUAUCAAAAAAAUUCCAGUUUUCACACUUCAAUGUUACCAUUUUUAAUUUGAAAGGCUUUUACAGACUUAGAUCAUGUUUCUUGUGCUGAGCCAAUCCCCCCAUUAAAGCCCUGCGGGUCUCUGUUUACAGCACUUUCCACCAGAUCCUCUCCGCCAGCAACGUCUCUUAUCUGCUGAGAAACUCGCCUCACAAAUAUGGGUGUUCUCACUUCCUACCAAGUAUACCUCAGAGCACAGGACACGAGACCAUACAACUACCAGGAUCAGCCAGCAGAACAAACUAGCCUUUUCCGCCUCUUUAGCCAUUAUUGUGUUCCACUUACUUUUCUUAAAAUGAUUUUUCUAGUUUUCCUUUCUUAUAUGAACUUCUUCUAGUCUGUUACACAUCCAUACAUUAAGAUAAUUCAUUUAUUUAUCUUUCAGAAUGAUAAUUCCGUCACAUUCUACUCAUCCUCUCUGCUCUGUCGGGAAUGAUCGGGACUGACAGAAACAGAAAACACAGCCCUGAACCACUUUACUUGGCCUACUGAAAGAAUUCUAUAGAUGUUCACUAUAUCUGAUUUCUUAUUGAACAGCAGCAGCAGUGAAUCACGCGGGGGUUUAAUGUACAUUUGCAUUUCACACACUUAUGACAAACCAUGAAUAGGCACAAUGAAAAGUGGCAAUUCAAUUACUUUUGCUUAUUCUUCAUAAAGUCAUUUAAUUGCUCCAAUAAACUGCUCUGCCUUUGGCUUUUCAUAUCUCAUAACAGUUUGCACUGGAGCAAAAUCUUGUCCAUUUCCUUCAAUUUGUGUCUGUUUUUUUUUACAUCUCCUCCAAAUCUUCUACUUUAGAUAGUGUAGAGGGUUUCAAAUCCUGUUCAGAAAGAACUAUAGUUAUGCCAAAAACAAAUUCAAUUUAAAAAAAAAAAAUAACAACUAUACAUAGCGGAGGAUAAGAUUUUGUGCCAUAGUAUGCGAUAGGGUUUUUUUUUUAUACAUAUAUAAAUAUAUAUAUAUAUAUAUAUAUACCUGUUAGAGGGCAUAAAAACAAUGGUUUUGUUUGGCCUUAAUGAAGCUUCUGGUUGGUUGCUUGCUUGUGCUCACUUGUGUCUAAUUUUUAUUUCUUUUUUUUGUGUGUGUGUGUGUGUGUACCCGCCUCUUUGUAUUUUUUCUCUUAAUGUGCUCAUCAUUUGAAUUGAAAAUGCAGAGAGUACAGUCAUCCCUUAUGAGGCAUUAAGGGUGUAACACAAAGUGAGCCAAACGUUUUUCUUGUAUACUUCACUGUUAAGCAGUUUUGUUUACAUGUUCCUCUGUUUUACUUUGAAAGAUUCCAGUGAUUGAGAUGAUGAAAUUUGUCUAACUGACAUGAAAAUGUGGACACAAAAGGGGCUAAAAUGAUUUUUACUGGGUAAGUAAAGGAAGUGCCAUAACAGUAGAAACUCAAUUAUAUCACACAUUACACAUGCUGCAGCUCAGUCAUAUUUUAGAUUCAACACAGGAUGGGUGUGUACUGUAACAGUUUUGUUGAUGUUUUUGUUUUCUUUCUUUCUUCAGUUUUGGUCAAAAGGUGCUCAAUUUCUUCAGAGGCUGUUUUCACUUAGAUGUUACUGUAACAUAUCUGGGGCUCCUGAUACAAAAUGAGAGCAGUGUCCUCGUUCUGAUGAAGUGUGUUCAGAGUGGCAUUGCUCAUGGGUAUGUUCAGUGGUUUUUAUGUAUGUAUUUAUUUGUGUAAUUAUUUAUUGUGAUUUUGAACAGAUUCUGAUACAACUCCAACUCCAACAGAGUCUUCUAAAAUCAGCCAUGUUUUAAGUGACUACAUUUGGUCAUUUGAUUAAGAUAUUUCCACAAUAAAUGCUUGCAAAAUGAGGCAUGUCAAGGGUUAAAAAAAUCUGCUCGGACACUUCCUCUGCUCAUAUUUGAUUUUUACAGUGCUGGAGGAGUGAAGGGUGUGAACGGUUGUGAUUUGAUCUAUUUAUAAAACAGGGAAUAGUAGGCAAUUAUCAUACAUGAAUAGAAAGGCAAAAUUAAAGAGAAAAAAAAAUGUCCUGACUUACAUCUAUAUUCAGCAUACUGGAAUAAAGUUAAUAAAUGCUUCAUACAGAUGCAUCGGGGUUGUGUUAGAAGUUCAUUCAUUCAUCUUCUGUAACUGCUUAUCCUGUUGGGGGUCACAGGGGGCGGGGGGCUGGAGCCUAUCCCAGCUGACAUUGGGCAAAAGGGCAUGGUCUAUCACAGACAACCAUUCAUGCUCACAUUCACACCUACGGCCAAUUUAUAGUCACCAGCUAACCUAACCUGCAUGUCUUUCGUUGUGGGAGAAAGCCAGGGUACCCAGAGAAAACCCAUGCAGACAAAGACCAAACAUGCAAACUCUGCACGUAAAGGCUCCUCCACCUUGGGUGUUCGAAACCCCCGCCCCGGGUUUGAAGCAGGAACCUUGCUGUAAAGCGACGACGCUAACCACUGCACCACCAUGCUGCCCUGUUAGCAGUUCAAAUUUUAGUAAAUAAGCUAAUGCCUUUAUGGUGGACAUAUUAUGUUCCCAAGGUUGGAGCUUCUGCUAGCUAAAAGGUAUCAUAUCAGCAUAAUGCACUUAUUGUGGAAAUAACUUUGAAAUAUGAUUUAUUAAAGGUUAACAUCUGCAAUUAAAGCAAAACCACAAUCUCUGCUUCCAAAGCUUACAAAGUCAGCAUGAAUCAUUUCAGUGAGAAUGAAGUGGCAUGAAAAUGCACGCAGAACACCCAGACCUUUGAUCAUUGAUCGUUGGUCACUGACAACCAACUGCAACAUUAUAUUAAUGACGCUGCUGCCCAUCUCUCUGAAGAUGGUGGUGUUUGAAGGACUGUGCUGACAAUAAUUUGGCUAGCCUAGAGGAACUAGCACAUGACACCAACAAUGUUUUUACAUGUUUUGUGAGGCACUAACUGAUGUAAUGACUGAGACAUAUCAGGCCAUCCCACCAUAGGUGCUUGAGCAGUGGUGUCAAACAGGCUUUCACUGCAGCCUAAAGGUGCUAAGCAAACCAUGAAGUAAUGCUGUACAGCACUAACGAGUGGUCCUUCCAUAUAAAUAAUUACUGAUGCUGCUUCCAUUUUAAACAACUGUGUAAUUGCUGUAAUGUUUUGGUUGUUCAGUAGAAGGAAAGUGAAAAGGCUACACUGCUGCCUGAGUUUGAAAGAAUGGAUGGUUAGAAGGCGCUUGUUGGAGUGAUGGUUGGAUUCAAAAUCACACUGAAAGAGAACCAAGGGCCUCUUUUUCCAUAAAGCCGCUAUUAUGGCAUACUGACAGUGAUAUUUAAAAAUUGCAGACACUCUGAUGCAUAAUGUUCUCCAAUUCAAAUAUAUAAUUGUACCUUGUUACUUUUGAAUACCAUUGUUUUUAUGUCAUUUAUAGAAAGGUUCUUCUCAGAUAUGAGUCCUAUAGUUUCCUUUCAAAGGAACAUUUUUGGUUCAUUGAUUGUUUCACUUCACACCUUCUGAUGUUGCUGAGGAUCCUCUUAGAAGAGCUCUGGAGGGAAUUCACUGAAUGAAUGAAGGCACUCUGUUUGUUUUGUUCAAAGAUUUUGGCUUUGUACUUUCCAGGCCUGCAUGAUACAGGGGACAGAGGCCACUGCAUGUUAACACUGUAUGAAAAGACAAGGUAAACACAUAAAGGGACAGUGAUAUUGCCAUCAAUGAAUAAUUAAUUCCCCAGUUAGGAAUAUAAUUAAAUUUACAUUCGCAAAAUAUUGCAAGUAGGUCAAUUUUGGAAUCUGACAUUCCCAACUACUGACAGAGCAUUUCUAAUAAAGUCUUAUACCCUUUUUCCAUACUCAUGUGCUGGCCUGGUUUGGUUUGACUCGGCACGUCAGCCCAGCGCAGCAGGGAUCUCCAUUACAACAGGGCUACCAGCUUGAUGGUGUGUCCUUAACUAAUGAUGGCAUGUCUGGAGUGGUGACAUUAAAAAGCAUCAGGCUGAUCCGCAGCUAAAAAGGUUAUUGUUAUUUUGCUGCAAAUGUUUUUCCAUCACACAGCAUGCCAAGUAAAAGAAGUUUAACUGUUGGAGGUGAGCUGUCUGCAGAGGGGCAGUAAGAGCCUGUUAUCUGCAGCUCUUCAUCAAAUACCCCCCCUGCAGUAUUAAUAGACUUUUUUUUAUUGAACAAAACCCAGGAACAAAGUUCUGCUAAUUCAGUGAUAAACAUAUUUCAUUUCCUAUAGAUUUUUAACAGCAAAAGUCCCCAGUUAUUUUGUUACAUAACAGCUUUUAUUGUGAAGCAGCAAAAUAAGGAAAUACUGGGUUUUAUUCAUUUACAUUCAUUUAUUCAUUUACAUUUAUUCAUAAUUUUUCAUUCAUUUCCUGUAACGGCUUAUCCUGGUACAGCGUCACAGGUAUACUGGAGCCUAUCCCAGCUGUCAUGGGUUAAGAGGCUGGUUAUACCCAGGACAGGUCACCAGACUGGGGACACAGGGCUGACACAUAGAAACAGACGACCAUUCGCACGCACAUUCACACCUAUGGCCAGAGUAACCAAUUUUAGAGUAACCAAUUACCCUGACCUGCAGGAGAGAGGAAGCCGGAAAACCCAGAGAAAACCCACAGUCACACGCAGACAGCAAACAUACCCCAAACAGAAGGGCCCCAGCUGGCCAAUGGAUUGGAACCUGGAACCCAGGAAACAGUAAAAUAAAGCAGAUAUCUAAAGUAAAACAGGACGCGGGAGAGAAACUAAACUUCAAACCACAGAGAUUCAGUUAGAAGCUACAAAAAGACACAGGGAAAAACAUAUUUCUUUCUGGUCUCCUGCACAGACAGACAGACAGACAAACAGACAUGAGUUCAGUCUCGCAACACACAUGCUUGUUUCAGGGGGAGAAGGGGGGUCAUUGAGGGUUGGCUGCGGUCAGCAAAAUGUCACCACUACCCGCCUGGAGUUGGGCAGGCACGCUUUUUGUCUUACUCUGUAGAAGGUCCAUCUCUGGUGCAGCUCAGCGUGGCUCUGCAAGUCUUAACUAGUAAUGGAAAGACAAAUCAGGACGGCAUGGUUUGACUCAGCACAGCCAAAAGUGAUAAUGGAAAAAGGGUAUGACAAAGCAAUCACCAUAUUCUACCAUGAUAGAGGGUUUUGGGAUAGAAACAUUAGAUCGGUAAAGUAGGAAUUGAAAAGUCCUGCAACUUACUUUAAAGAAUUUGAAUCAAGAGUUUAAAACAAAACUAACUGUAUUAACAAAAAUGAUGUAAUGUACAUACUGUACUGUACAAACAUAUCAUCCCAAUAUACACACCUAUCAUAUUGUUUCCGUUGAGAAAUUAAUUUUAUAAUUAAUCGCAUAUAUUGUAUCUGCGAAAUCAUAACUGAUGCAGUCUGCCAACUUAACACAGAACACAUUGUUCCACGUUGUAAUUACCCCACAUUUAAAAGAAACCAAAACACUGACACAUGUGGAAGAAGACCUAAAAUAUACAUAAGAUUCUUUAUUGAAAUUUGUAGAUAUAAUAAGUCUAUAUAUUGUAAAAUGUAAACAUAAGAAAUUGCAUAUUUUAUUAAAAUUGGUCAAUGAUAUGCAUGCAGUUACAGAAAUUAGUCCAAAAUAUAUACCCUUUUUUAAUUUCAAUAUGGAAAUUGUUGUUAGAGUGAGUUUGAGAGUGUCCCUCUGAGCACAGUGGACGUCCAAGUCAGUGGAAAUAAGCAGGAAACCACGUCCAAAAUGAUAAACUAACUGAACUGAAACACUGAAAUGUACAUUGUUGUGUACACAGUGAUGGUUCAGUUGUAUGAUUAUAUUUUUAUAUGUUUUAGUUGAAUGUAGAGAGAAUGAAUAACAUCAAAACUUGAUUACACCAACUUAAAUUCAAAGUCCCAGGACGGCUUUUCAAACCGGCGGGGGUGGGAAAUUGUAGCUUUGUGUGACUGUGCAGUUAAUUUCAUCACCAAGGGCUUUAAUGAGACUUACGUGAAGCGAGGACAGUGUGAGCUUGAUGGGUGAGACAUCUUAAAAUGGCUGAGGGUGAGGUCAGAUCUGCCUCAACAAAGAAGUACUGUAUACCUCUCAAUGUGCCACUAAGAAAUGUGUCCAUGUACAUAGUGUAUAGAGAAAGAUAUUGUUUGCAUGGUAUAAACAUUUGAAUGCUACUGACAAAAACGGGGAAUGGCUACCAGAGCAGACAUCCUGUAGUUGUUUCAUGUGAGAAAAGCUAAACAAGAGUGAUCUGUUUAGUCCUGAAUAUUGGUGCCCUGGCAAAAACGAAUACAGUGAAACCACCUACUGUACCGGCAGACACAAUCCCAAUGUUUCAAACAUUCAGGUUUGACCCUUAAGGCAGUUUUGCCACACUAGCGUUGACAUGCAAUAAAAGCACAUGCCAUGCGAUUAGAUAAAUUAAGGGGAUCUGAAGCUAUUACAACACCCAGAAUAGUUUCUAGAUGAUUUGGUAAUAAGGGCAGAUAGAAUUGCUCUUUACUACUUUUGUGAUGUCUAACAACUGAUCAUUUUUUAUAGUACACAUUAGGUGAAUGUGUAUGUGUAUGUAUGAACAAAUUGUAGUCUGGAGUGAAAAGAAACAAGUCUGUUUUGAUGCUCUAGCUGUCAAAUUGCAGUCUGACUUGUGUUAAGUACAGUACCCAGAUGUAAAUUUCUUUGUGAAAAACACUCACUCAGAAUUAUCACUCUGAUUCACAUAUAUAACAUUUUGAGAUGACAGGAUGAUUUACAGUUGAUGGUACUGUACAAGACUCUGAAAUGCUUACAAUUAGUAAUGUUUGUGGUGUCUAAAGAGAAAAAAACAUCACACAUUUUUUAAUCACACAUAAAAAGAGAAAUUAUUAAGAAAAUCUCAGUACUGUAUCACUCUUGACUCCUGAGCUGAGGAGAACUAGACAUUCUGCUCUGACUUUACAUAUUGUAAGACAUUAAGAGAGACUUAUCAUCAUAUUGUUGGGUAUAUUCACAUUUUUGACGUGUUGAGCAGGCUUUUAUUCCAUACACUAAGAGUGAAGAAUCUCUGGUGCUAACACAUGCCGCACAGUGAAAAGUUUUUGUUGCCACCACAUUAUAUCCAUACUUAGUUGCUCUUGAAAUGCACUUCUCUGCCCUCUGACCUCACUGCAUCCAAUACUAAAAACUGCCAUAUUAUUUUCCUAAUUUCUUUAAGAAAAAAAAAAAAAAAAAAAAAAAAUGAGCACAUUUUUAGGCAAAUUUGAGCCCAAAUGAGCAGUUGCAGUCUGUUUUCACUCCCAACUCCUCAAACAUUGCCACUUUGUCAAUGAUUUUGGUGUCGGAUACAGAUGUACAGACAGCUUUUGUGGUGGUAUGAUGCACACCAGGUGCUGGCUGUUUAUGUGACCGCCAGAAACUACUACAUUAUAAAGAGCAAGAAAGUCCCUAUUGGGAUUGGUGACACAAGCACCUAGGAGCUCACUGUUUGUUUCCUGAGUGAAACCAAAAGUCAAUGGAGUUAUUUUAAUAACACUGUAGUGUGCUAGUAUGUGUAGCAUGCAAUGCUAGUAACAUAUGUCACAUGACUUGUCAUGUUGCGUGACAUUAUGUUAGUAUAACCAUACUUAUUUUAAACCCAACCAUGAUGUUUUUUCCUAAACCUAACCAUGUGCUUUUGUUGUUUUACCUAUGUAGAAAGUUUAUUUUGAAAAGACUGUAUGCAUGUAUUGCACAGAAACUGUACAUUUCCUGAGAACAGUGAUGUAUUCUGAAAAGAAAAAAAUGCAUGUUACAAUUGUCAAUUGAGCUGCCGCCAGUGAAUGACAAAAGGGGAAAAAAAAAGGAUGGUGGAAGGCUCCCUAGCAUGCCAUAUUCUGACAUUUUGGGUCCACUGACAAAGCAGCUUUGUUUGACGAGUUGGGAUGAGAACAGGUUGGAAUUUUACAUGUGUUGUGAUAAAGGGUUUAUUCAUAUCACUGAGAUCGGAGAGAUUUCUGUAAAUAAAUAGACAUUGCCAUUUUGUCUCAUGGUCAGAACUGGCACACUACUCGCAAUAUAAUCACAGUGCAAUUUGCCACAGUGAUAUAGUGCAAUGUUAUACACCACAAAAUAUUACUCUGAUGAUUCAAAUGACAUAAAAGCUCACAGGCCAGUAAAAUCUUACAAUGAAAUAAAUGAUAUGAUCAGACUUUCAGAGACUCUUCUAUCAUCUCUCACUGACAGGAAGGAUGCACUGAGGCAGAGACCUUAAUCUAAAUUUGACAUAUUGAAAUCCAGUCUUUGUGAAAUGCAGAACCUUGCAGAUACUUACCAUCAGUGUGUCGAUACAGCAACAUGAAGGAGUAUUGAGAUAUAAUGUAUCAACUUUUGUCCAAACUUGAGUGUACAAAAAGGCAUUACACAUUUAAGAUUAAAAAAAAAAAAGUUUUGCUACACCGUGUAAAUAAUAUCUCAAAUAAGCUUACCUUGUCAUAUAUAUUUUUUGUAGAAGAAAAUAUGAUGCACAUCAACUAUACUGAAGACUGAGUGGGAACUGAGUAGUGUAGGGUCUGCUUCAGUGACACAUUAUAACAUGAUGUAACAGACCAAUGUCUAUAUGUGAGUGAUGGAAAUCUUCUAAAUGCUAGAAAUUAGUUUAAGAAUUUAAUAUUAUAGAGCCAGGAAAUAUAUAUAGAAAAGAAAAUAUAUAUAAAAAUAGAUAUAAAUAUAUUGUCAUGGAACCAAAAUGGUUAUUUGAGUAUCUAUAUUUGGGGACAGUACUUGUUUUCAAGAAUGUAUAAGUCUAUAUUCUAUUAUUUUUAUAUCCAUUUGUUGCUCUUUACUUUAGCAAUGCAGAGAGUAGAGAAAUAUGUCUGAGAUUUUAUGUUGUGUACAAAACAAAAGAGAAUGGUGCACCAAAAUGGCUGUCACUGUACUGUAUAUCUCACUGUCUAUUACACAGAGAUGUACGGAAGCAUGUUGAUGCCACGCCAGGAAAGCAAACAAACAACAACAAAAAACUUACUUACAUACUUUUCUUGUUAAAAAUAAAGGUAACCACUUAUUUAUCUUGUUAUCACAUGAAACAUUUCUUGUUAUAGCAAGACAUUUUUUUUCAUGUUUAUAUAAGAUUUUUUCAUGUUAUGACAAGAAACUUUUCAUAGAACAAAAUGAUAACAAGAAAUGACAGAAGUACAUAAAAUCAUCUCGUUAUAACAAGAUAAAUAUAUUAUUUUAACAAGAAAUGUUUUCUGUUAAGAGAAAAGUUUCUUGUUGUGACAUAAAAAUAUCUUGUAAAAACAAGAAAAAUAUCUUGUUCUAACAAAAACAAAUCUUGUCAAAAUGUAAAAAAAAUCUUGUUAUAACAAUAAACUUUUCAUGUUAUUACCUGAUACUUUUUUUUCAAGGCAUCAGUAAGCUUCCGUACAGACUCUCAGAGAAGGACACAGCAAACUAGAUAUUAUAGCAACGUCCAUUUGGUGUGAAUAGCAAAUGUAAUUGUUGAAUUAUUUGUGCGCCAUCAUUUUACCACAUUUGUCCUUUUGGGGGACAGGGAUUUAGCUCCUUGCUACAUUAUUAUUAUUUGUUUUUGUCAAUCACCAGACUGGCUUCUGCAGUCAUACAUUCAUUUUUUAAAAAACAUGUUUUGGCAUGAAAGAAUGGCGAGAAUCUUUUUUCCCUAAUAUGGUGCUCCCUUGCAAUCUGUAUCACAGCAGAGCACAUAAAUAUAAAUGUAUAAUCAUCAAAUUCACAAACUGUGCAGAUAGAACUGUUUCACAGUGUAUAUUUACAGUAUGUAUGUAACAGACACAGUGCUUCAUGAUGCUGCUUUGAACUGACAUAAGGGGAUCCAAAUGUUUGUUUUUGGUUUGUUUUUGGUUUUAAACAGAAGCAUGUGCAAAUUAAUGCGAACAUUCUGUUGCCUUUCGCUCAAAGGUGGAGGUUGAGCAUCGCAGCAGCUGCUAAAAGUUACUCCAGAAAUUGAUGACAUUCAGUGCUGUACAUUGCCAAAAAAAUACAAAACAUGUCAUAUACAUUCUGACAACUGGUGCUAUUUAAAAACAUCUGUGGUGCUUUUUUUAAGUUAGAUAUUUCCUUGCUUCAGACAAAAUGUAGCUACACAAUCCUGUACUGUACUGUACCGUAGGUUGCUGUUUGGCCAGUACGUCAUCAUUUGACCUGGGUCAGCUGUGUGUAUAGAUGGUUUACUUUGACUGCUGUUGUUUCAGGGAAUACACAGAUCAGAUAGUACUAACAUUUUGAGUGGCAAAUUUUAAAGCAAGGAAAUUAAAAAAAGACAUUCAUUUGAAUACACGUCAUGAUGAUUUUGUUGGGAUUGAGUUUACAGUUUGUUUUUUUUAGUUAAUUUUGGUCUGAACUUCACAGUGCUUCAAAGUCUAAUGUAUUGGUGGUUGCAAAUAGUAUCCACACAUUGUGUUUGGUGCUGAGUGAACAGAUAUGCUCACCAUGACUUUUGAUACGGUAUUCAUCUUAGACAUUUAGAUCCCUCUCGAGUCUUUCUAUCAAGUCAAGUAAACAUGCUAACCCCCCUGCAGGUGCCCUUUGAUUAAAUAGUAAAAGCAACAUCAACCUGGUGACAGGUGGGAGUGACAUUAAGACUUCCACUCACUCUCAGAUCAAUAGGACCGAGCUAUGCUAAAACCCACCACUGCAGGGGCCUGUAGUGUUACUAUGUUUUAAGACCAGAGGAAGCACUGUAUGGAAGCAUAUUGAUGCCACGCCAGAGACAGAAAAAAAAAAAAAAAAAGAUCAGUAUGAGACAAUAACAUGAAAACUUUAUUGUUAUAACAAAAUAACAAUGUUAUAACCUGAUAAAGAUUUUUUUCUUUCCUGGCCUGACAGAUUUACACUUCCGUAGUACUGAAAUAUUGUCUUAUAAAAAUGCUUAUUAAAACUAGUAAAAAAAAAAAAAAAAAAAAGGUUUGCUGCAUAACUCAACUUUUUGGAGCCUCUAAACAUGAAAACGUCAUGGUUAUGUACAAGUUACACUGAUUAGCUCUUUUGUUUUUUGUUUUUUUUGUUGUUGUUUUUUUUUCUCAUCACAAAAUGCAAUACAAGUGGAAGAAGAACAAACCGAAAUUUUCUCCUCCUUAUUGUUCAGUCUUCCUGAGAUGUGUAAAACUGGUUUAAGUUACAGACUUCAUUUUUAUUGUAAGUUUUGUUAUCAUGACCUGGAAAACAAGAACAACAACAACAACAACAAUGUGAGUGUGUUCACAGUUAGUUACAGGCGUAGACAACUCAGUACCUCAAAAUGUCUCUUCACAGAAAUCUUAAGUACAGAUAUUCAGUUUUUUAUGUUCACCAUCUCUGACAAGUCAGUGCUCAUGAUGCUUUUUUAUAUUUGUUGGCACAAACACUAACAAGAAUGUAUGGCUAUUGUAAUUCCUGCUCACUCCCACUCUUCCUAAAAUUGAAGCUUUUAAAGCAAACUGUCAGUUUUUUGUAUU